AUGGAUUACUACAAGGUUUUAGAAGUGCCUAGAAGUGCAACAGAAGCAGAUAUCAAAAAAGCAUACAGAAAAUUAGCAUUGAAAUGGCAUCCGGAUAAAAAUCCAGACAACAAAGAAGUGGCAACAAAAAAGUUUAAGGAAAUUGCAGAAGCUUAUGAAGUACUUUCAAAACCUGAGAAGAAAUCUCAUUAUGACAAAUAUGGUCAUCAAUAACCACCUCCCUCUCCUAAUUAUUAACAAUCUAACAAUUAUGGAAAUCAAUAUUAAUAGGACUUUGAUGACUUUUCAGAUUUUUCUUCUGGAUUCCAGAAUAAUUUCAAUACUUUCAAUAAUAGACCUGGGUUUAAUAAAUAUUCUGAAUAAUCUUUUGAGUUUCCAUAAUUUAAUAGAAUGCCUGAUUUAAAUAAAUUCUUUUUCGGAGAUAGUUUUGAUCCAUUUGAAGUUUUCUAGAAUUUUUUUUAAAAUGAUCCAUUUUUUAAUCAAGAUUUCUUUGGAAAUACCUAGUAACCAUAAAAAAAUAGCUUGGCAAAAGCAAACUCUUAUAAGAGUGACUUCGAUGAUGACUUUUUCAAACCAAUCUAUCAAAAUGGCUCCAAUCAAGGAGGCAACAUUAUAAGAGGAUAAACUCAUAAAACAGUAUAAUCUACUACAACUACAAUGAAUGGUUAGCCAGUUUAAAGAGUGAAAACAACUAUAAUUCAUCCAGAUGGAAGAAAGGAAGUGAAGGAAGAGAUAAAAACAUUAUCUUAGCUAUAAAAACACAACAGUGCCAUUUACUGAUAAGAUUAUUAUAUAAUUAGAAAUAAGAUAUUCAACAAUUUUGUUAUUAA